GUUCAACUAUCGUGAUUAGCUGGUCUUUUAGUGGUUCUCAAUCCACACGAAUUGAGUUAGGGAUUCAAAAUGCACAAACUUCUGCUAUUACGGUUAUAGAUACCAAUGUAGAUCUUACGAAGGGAAGCCAACCUUGGGCUGUUAGUGUCGUGGCAGGAAGUUAUAAACUAUUCCUAAUGGACCAAACAUCCUAUAAUUACUAUUAUUCAAACACAUUUACUGUUACUGCUGGUAGUGGUCCACAGAAUAACUCGCCAUCCUCUAAUAAUCCCUCCUCGUCUUCUUCUACUCAAUCUUCAG